AUGUUCGUGUUAUUUCAAACUGUAAUAAAUACAGGAAAGCAUUAUUCCUUCAGGAAAAUAUUGAAUGCACCAUUGCCUUCAUGUAAAUGUCUGUUAAAUAGGAAUAUAUCAGAUGCACCCAAGAAGUUUAUUACGUUUGACGAAGUUGUAGCGCAGAGGAGAGCGGAGGCGCAGAGAAGCUUAGUGGUUCAAGUAAAUUCAGAGUCUUCUUUCAAUGAGUUAUAUGGGUACUGCUCCAGAUAUGCUAGUAUAAAUGGUAUCCAUCAUUAUAAAAACAAUGGAGGAGAGCACUUCAUGCUUAUUGAAUUUGCAUCAGAAGAUAACCUCAAAGACAUUCUCCGUAGCUGCGGCUCACAUCACAAGGACCUUGACGUUAUGGCAUUACAGUCUCCUUUCCUUUGGUUCCGUGCUGUUGCUAACAAAAAGGAAAAGUUUACAGUUCCUGAAACACAAUUAAUAAAUAAGGAUGGGACAUUGCCAGUUAAUGAAGAUACAUUAUUUGAACAACUAUCACAUUGCAAGACGGUCUCAGAUCAAAUACAAGUGCUGUACGAACACACUAUGUUGAAUGAUCUAGGAGUACGGUUAAGAUACAUGGUGGCCAGACAACUAGAAACAAUAAUGGAAAGUCUUUAUGCAAACAUGGCGGUGAGACCAUUUGGUUCAUCAGUAAAUGGGUUCGGCAAGAUGGGAUGCGAUCUUGACCUCGUGCUUACCAAUGAGCUCACACAGGAGAUGACUGAUCCAAACAAAAGACUAGUAUAUCAAGAGAAGAAAUGCGAAGGUGGACGAAGUCCCUGGCAGCGGCAUAUGGAGCUGAUGGGCGAGCUAAUCGAGCUGCGCGUGCCGGGAGCUACGAGAGUCCAGAGGAUUCUCAACGCCCGAGUUCCUAUUGUCAAAUACGCGCACGAGCUUUCCGGAGUUGACUGCGACUUAUGUUAUAGCAACAUGUCCGGUGUGUACAUGUCAGAGCUUCUCUGGCUCUAUGGUUCACUAGACCCGCGAGUGCGUCCCUUAACAUUUGUGAUCCGGCGCUGGGCGCAAACAGUGGGCCUCACCAACCCCCAUCCUGGCAGGUGGAUCACCAACUUCCCUCUUACAUUGAUGGUGCUGUUCUUUCUGCAGCAGAAAACGAAAGAUGGCUUUGUGCUGCCUCCGUUGAAGUUUAUGAGUAAGAUAGCAACCAAAGACGAUAUCCGGAUAGCGGAAGAUUACGUAAACUGCACAUUUGUACGAGAUCUUAACCGAUUACCGCCAGAAAGUUAUGGCCAAUCACAAUCCAACCUGCAAACAUUACUGUUACAAUUCUUUGAAUUCUACUCACAGUUUGACUUUCAAGACAAAGCAAUUUCUAUCAAUGAAGGAGCACCCGUUCGGAAGCCAAAUAAUUUGCCGUUGUAUAUAGUUAAUCCAAUAGAACAAGCAUUGAAUGUAAGUAGAAAUGUAAGUUUCGAAGAAUGUGAACGGUUAAAGAUGGAAGUAAGGAAUGCUGCAUGGCAGUUAGAAUCGUGCACUGAAGGUGAUCGAACUGAUGAUUGGGGAUUAUUGGGCCUAAUAGAAAAGAGAACUACAAGAGGGUUAAAAAAGCUAUUGCGUGUAGGGAAUUCACAUAGACUAGUGUCAGUAAAAGACUUAUUUAAUGAAGAGGAUACUAGUGAUAAAAGACUGAGUAAAAAAAGUGAUAAAGAAAGUGCGAAAGUGGCACAAACUGUAAAAGUGGAGAAAAAGGAACAGAAAAUAAAAUUCAAGAAUACUACAAUUGCAAAUGAGGUUUAUAGGAUACGGAGAGACAAAAUUGUAUGAGAUUAGGUAUUUCGUUGUUUUAUAUACCUUCCAUAUAUACAGGAAAUCAUGUAAAAACGUUAUAAAAUGUUACCAGAGUGUACGUUUUUCCCUACCAUAC